AUGAAGUGGGUGGUAUCAAUUUUUUUAAUUUUCCUACUAUCUUUUACAGAAUCUAGAACAAUGCAUAAAAAUGCAUAUGGAAUAGCUUCCAUAUUGGAUUCUUCUCAAUGUUCCACAGAGGCGAAUUUAGUUGACCUAGCUACUAUAGCUUUUGCUCAGUUUAUUCAUGAAGCUGCUUACCCAGAAGUAAGAAAAAUGGUGAAAGAUGUACUGACUGUCAUUGAGAAACCUCUAGGCAGUGAUCAGCCUGUGGGGUGUCUAGAUGAUCAGCUCUCUGCCUUUCUGGAUGAAAUUUGCCAUGAGAAAGAAAUUGUUGGAAAAUACAAACUUUCAGACUGCUGCAACCAAAAUGGAAAAGAAAGACAUAGCUGUUUACUGGCACGCAAAAAGGCUGCUUCAGAUUUUGUCUCACCUUUCCAACUUCCGGAGCCUGUCUCGAGUUGUAAGGCACAUGAAGAAAAUAGAGAGACGUUCAUGAAUCGAUUCAUCUAUGACAUAGCAAGAAGACAUCCCUUUCUGUAUGCACCUACAAUUCUUUCUUUGGCUGCUCGUUUCGACAAAAUAAUCCCAACUUGCUGCCAAGCUGAAAAUGCAGUUGAAUGUUUCCAAACGAAGGGAGCACCACUUACAAAAGAAUUAAGAGAAAGUAACUUGUUGAAUCAACACGUGUGUUCAGUAUUGAGAAAAUUUGGAUCUCCAACCUUCCCAGCCAUAAUUGCUGCUAAAUUGAGUCAAAAGUUUCCCAAAGCUAAUUUUUCUGAAAUUGAAAAACUGGUCCUGGAUGUGGCUCAUGUCCAUGAAGAAUGCUGCAGAGGAAAUGUGCUGGAGUGUCUACAGGAUGGGGGGAAAAUUAUGUCCUACAUUUGUUCUCAACAAGAUUUUCUGUCAAGUAAAAUGCAAGAAUGCUGCAAGUUGCCCAUACUUGAACUUGGUCAAUGCAUAAUUCAUGCAGAAAAUGAUGAGAAACCUGGAGAUUUAUCUCCAAGUCUUGGUAGAUUUGUAGAUGCUAGAGAUUUCAGCAAGCUUCCUUCAAAGGAAAAAGACAUCUCUAUGGCAAGAUUUAUUUAUGAAUAUUCAAGAAGACAUAGUGAACUUAGUACCUCAGCGAUUCUAAGAAGUGCUGAAGAAUUCCAGAAGUUACUGGAGAACUGUUCUCAAUCUGAAAAUCCUCUUGAAUGCCAGGAUAAAGGGGAAAUAGAGAUGGAGAAACAUACUCAGGAGAGCCGAGCAUUUGCCAAGAGAAGCUGUGGCACCUUCCGGAAAUUGGGAAACUACUACUUACAGAAUACAUUUCUUGUCGCUUACACCAAGAAAGCCCCUCAGAUGCCCGCCCCUGAGCUGAUGGUGUUCACCAGGGAGAUGGCGCGGGCAGCAGCUGCUUGUUGCCAACUUAGUGAGGACAAACAGUUGGCCUGUGGUGAGGGAGCGGCUGACCUUAUUAUUGGACACUUAUGUAUCAGGCAUGAAGAAGCUCCAAUAAACGCUCACGUUGGCCAUUGUUGCUCUUCUUCAUAUGCGAACAGGAGGCCAUGCUUUAGCAACUUGGUGAUGGAUGAAGCCUAUGUCCCGCCACCAUUCUCUGCCGACAAGUUCAUCUUCCAUACGGAUCUGUGCCAAGCUCAGGGGGUAGCACUGCAAACGAAGAAGCAAGAAUUUCUCAUUAACCUUGUGAAGCAAAAGCCACAAAUAACAGAGGAACAACUGGAGGCCGUGACUGCAGAUUUUUCAGCCUUGUUGGAAAAAUGCUGUCGGAGUGAAAAGCAAGACGUCUGCUUUGCAGAAGAGGGUCCAAAACUUAUUUCAAAAACUCGUGCUGCAUUGGGAGCCUAA